UACCGUUAUAGUGUUAGCCACGGAGCACACAGAGCAAAGCUUAGAGAGGGAGAGGGAGAGAUGACGCCGAUGAGAUACCGCGCGGUCUAUCGGAUUUCUCAGUGCAAAAACAGACCGCCAUUUUUCUUCCAAUUCCGUCCCUACUCUCAGUCCAAUUAUCGACAAUCCAGGCCCGAACGGUCUUCGUUUGGGAUUGCGUUCGACAUCGACGGGGUUAUUCUCCGCGGCCGGGCUCCGGUGGGAGGGUCGCCUCGAGCUUUGAGGAAACUGUACGGACAUUCAGGUACUUUGAAGGUUCCCUUUGUGUUUUUGACCAACGGAGGUGGCGUCCCUGAAUCAAGACGAGCAACUGAGUUAACUGAAAUUUUGGGAGUUAACAUCCUGCCUUCUCAGGUUGUUCAGGGUCACACACCUUUUAAAAAUUUGUUGACGAGAUAUGAAAAUGAACUCAUUGUUGCUCUGGGAAAAGGGGAACCGGCUCUUGUAAUGUCUGAGUAUGGUUUCAAAAAGGUUCUCUCAUUAGAUGAGUAUGCAUCGCACUUCAAGAAUAUUGAUCCUGUAUCCCAAUAUAAGAUGUGGAGAACUAAGCAGACAUCGGAUUGCAGUAGCCAACACAAGGAGUUUGUGCCGAGAUAUGAUGUUUAUUCUGACAGGGUUAGUGCAGCUUUUGUUGUCAGCGAUCCUGUGGAUUGGGGUAGGGAUAUUCAGGUUCUCUGUGACAUUCUAAGAUCUGGAGGGCUUCCUGGACAAGAGAACGGGCAUCAACCACCUCUAUAUUUUGCCGCAGAUGGUCUUGAGUAUCAGGCUGCAUUUCCUUCUGAGCGACUUGGAAUGGGUGCUUUCAGAAUUGCACUAGAAAGCAUCUUCAACCGAAUUCACCAUGAUGCUCUGGAAUAUGUAUCUUUUGGGAAGCCAAAUCCGUUUGUAUUUGAGAACACUGAAACUCUGUUGGCACAGCUUCAACCAUCUCAUUGUGAUAAUGAUAUUACAACUGCUGGAGACUCUCCGUCACAUGCUUUCAAAACCCUUUAUAUGAUCGGCGACAACCCUUCAGUUGAUGUCAAAGGUGCUCGGCAGGCUGGACAUCCUUGGUUUUCUAUUUUGACGAGGACCGGCGUUUUUAAGGGCAGAGAUAAUCAUGCUGAGUUUCCAGCAGACCUGGUUGUAGAUACUGUACAAGAGGCAGUGGACUACAUUCUGAAGAGGGAAGGAACUUCUGUAGCUUGCGUUUUCCCCUACUCUCUCCUAAUAUGCCUUUGAUCCCACCGUCCUUAGCCCCAAACUGCGUCCUCUACUUCCUUCUACUCCCUGAUUCUCGUUGGUGGAUCUACAGCGGUAGCGGGGGUUGCAAGCUGCUAGGGUUUGUGUUUUGCUUUUUUGCUUUGUUUUCUUUCUAUUUUGGGCUCCAAAACCUGUUUUGGAGGUCCUUUUCUUUAUAUUGUACUUAUCUUGUAAUUUAACCUCUACUGGUGCACGCUACUUGCCUCUUAUGAAAAUGAGUUGAGUCCUUGCACGAUGAUGCGGGCUCGAACCUCUUCAGUCA